AGAGAGGGAGAGAGGGGGAGGUGGGUCGGCCGCUUUUUACUUGUCUCUCGUCUUUGACAGUCACUCACACAGAGACAGAGACAGAGAUAGCGCGAAUCUCAAUCAACGGAGAGAGAGCACUGAAAAUGCAAUAUAUAUAGAGACUCACUCUUCACUCGCUCACCCUCAGCCAAAUCGGUAACGGCUACUUUUGGGGUCAAGUGAUUCAGUAACCACAGCAAACACAAUAGUAGUCUCUCUCUCUCUCUUCUUUGUCUUUACAUUUUGGCGUCUGGACGGUUUUCCGUUGCUGCUGCUGCUGCUUCUGCUUCAUAAAAUGGAUUACAAUAAUGACGAUCAGCGUUGGGAUUGGCACCGGAAUCCUCGUAUCCAAAAGGACUCCAAUCACGACAUAUCUGAAUGCCUGUGGAAUGGAGUGCCUCAGAAUCAAGAGGACCUUUCUUACAUGUUGGAUGAUGAAACAACCCCAGUUAAGGCUUGUGGGGAUUUGGCCUAUGAGGUUAACCAAAGAGAAAUGAGGGUUUCAGAUAAUAGAAACAAGGAACCAGAAGAACAGAGAGAAUCUUUCGCGCAAGUAAAAAGGCGUCGGAUGCUACAAUUUGAUACUGAAGCAAUGGAUUCUUCCCUUUCAAGUGAAGACUUAUCGUCUACAUUCUUGAAAUCAAAUGAGGGGGUUGAUUCAAUUGAGGAGGCUUUUGAAGCAACAAAUUGGGUAUCUGGGUUUUCAGAAAAUACAUCUGCCUCUGGCUAUGAAUGCCUAGAUGAAUCACCGGAUAGGUGGAUUGAUGAGUGCUUCAAUGAUCCUGCUGAUAUGCAAUUCAGCCCUGAUGAUAUGAAUUUCUCUGGUGCAUCUGAUGUUCAUAUUGACAUUACAAAGUUGUGCGACAUCCAACCUGAGUAUCAUGCAAAUGUGAUUCAACAGCGAAUUACUCGAGCACCUCGAAAUAUCAUAUUUAGAGGUAGGAAGUCUUACAUUCGGACUCCCACUAAGCUGGCUACUUCUGUGGCAUAUCCAUUUGCAUUCAUUAAACCCUCUGGAACCCAUGGAGCUGUAACUCUGAAGGACAUAAACCAGCGGAUCCGCACUCCGCCACCUUCAAAAGCAAAGCAAAAAGAGCCUGAACCAUAUCCCACUUCAGCCUUUUCUGGGAAACCUGUCGUUGGCAAAACUAAAAUUCGCACUGAAGGAGGAAAAGGCAGCAUUACAAUAAUGAGAACCAAAGGCUAAGAGUUACAAUCUUGCCUUUCUGAUGCCCUUCUGCUUUGCCUGCUAGAUUUUGUGGAUGAAUUUUUCCUGUAAUAUUCUAAAGCAGUCAGGUAUAGAAGUGAAGCUUCUUUUUUCUGUCGACUUGUUUUGGGAAAUCAUAAAUCACAUGAGUGUUUAUGUUUCCAAGUAUGUUCUAGGCUUCUAGCUGUCGUAUAGUAGUAUUAUACAUCGCAUGACUGAGAACCAAAGUCUACUAGGUACUAGUUUGUAUUUGUUUCUCAAAAACCAUGUUAUGCUUUCAGGAAUUCCAGUAUAUGCAAACUGUGUAUCUAGAUUAUGUUUCUAGAAGGUGUAUUUAAGCUGAAAAGAAUGCAGACUGUAACUGGUUUUGCGUGCAUUGAGGCAUCAUUUCUCUCUUU